CCGGCGCUAUGGCAGCGUGAGGAGUAAAUGGCUCAGAGUAUCCGCGGUGGAAAGCGACCUAAACACUGGACAGGGAACUGAUAAACAAACAACAACAAAUAACGCGUGUGAGCAAACAAACGAGGAUAUCUUAAUUGGACAUGUGAGUUACGGGAGUUAACAAGACAAGCAGCCCCCUUUUCGAAGAUGAAGUUCCCCGCUUGUGUCCUCGUCACUUUGCUGGUGAUCGGAGCCGGUGCAGCACAGUCAGUUUGUCCCGGCACUGAGAACAAGCUGAGUACUCUGUCGGACCUGGACCUGCAGUACCGCACCCUGAAGAAGCUCUACGAGAACUGUGAGGUGGUCAUGGGCAACUUGGAGAUCACCAGCAUCGAUCGGAACCGCAACCUCUCCUUCCUCAAGUCAAUCAGAGAAGUGACCGGCUACGUGUUGGUGGCUCUCAACCAGUUCGACUACCUGCCACUGGAGAACCUGCGGAUCAUCCGAGGCACCAAACUGUACGAGGGUCGCUACUCGUUGGCCAUCUUCCUCAACUACAGGCGGGACGGGUACUAUGGCCUGAGACAGCUGGGCCUGCGCAACCUCACAGAGGUGCUGAACGGGGGAGUUUAUGUUGACCAGAACAAAUUCCUGUGCCAUGCGGACACCAUCCAUUGGCGUGACAUUAUCAAGAACCCUCAGGCGGAGCUGCUGGUGGUGCCAUCCAACAACAGCAACCUUGGCUGCAGACGCUGUCAUCGCUCAUGUAACGGACGCUGCUGGGGCCAUCAGGAGGACCAGUGUCAAACAUUGACAAAGACGGUGUGUGCAGAGCAGUGUGACGGUCGAUGCUUCGGGCCUUACGUCAGCGACUGCUGCCACCGAGAGUGCGCCGGCGGCUGUGCCGGCCCCAAGGACACGGAUUGCUUCGCUUGCACCAAUUUCAACGACAGCGGAGCAUGUGUGACCCAAUGCCCCCAGCCGUUCGUCUACAACCCCACGUCCUUCCAGUUGGAGCACAACCCCAGAGCCAAGUACACCUAUGGAGCCUUCUGUGUCAAGAAAUGCCCACAUAAUUUCGUGGUGGACCACAGCUCCUGCGUCAGAGCGUGCCCCAGCAACAAGAUGGAAGUGGAGGAGAACCGCAUCAAAAUGUGCAUCCCCUGCACCGACAUCUGUCCGAAAGUGUGCGAUGGCAUAGGGACGGGCAGCCUGCUGGCGGCGCAAACAGUAGAUGCCAGCAAUAUUGAUAACUUUGUCAACUGCACCAAAAUCAACGGGAACCUAAUCUUCCUCAUUACAGGGAUCAAAGGUGACAUGUAUCAUGGUAUCGGACCUAUGGACCCUGACCACCUCAAUGCAUUCCGCACUGUGAAGGAGAUCACAGGAUACCUCAACAUCCAGUCUUGGCCUGAGAACAUGACAGAUCUGAGUGUGUUUUCCAGCCUGUCAACCAUUGGAGGUAGAUCCCUAUACAGCGGUAGUGGUAUUUCUCUGUUGAUCUUGAAGCAGCGUUGGAUCUCCUCGCUUCAGUUCCAGUCGCUGGACGAGAUCAGCGCCGGGAACGUGUACAUCUUCAACAACAGCCGCCUGUGCUUCUACAACACCGUCAACUGGACGUCUCUCUUCAGGACGUCCAGCCAGAAAGUCCUGAUCCGCAACAACAGAGAGCCGAAGGAAUGCACUCAGCAGCGCAUGGUGUGUGAUGGCAUGUGUUCGGACGACGGGUGCUGGGGCCCGGGGCCCGACCAGUGUCUCUCCUGCAGGUACUUCAGGCGGGGCCGCACCUGCGUGGAGUCCUGCAACCUUUUUGACGGGGAGAUGCGGGAAUUUUCCAAUGGAUCUGUGUGCCUGGAGUGUGAUAGCCAGUGUGAGAAGAUGGAGGGGAACACCAUGACAUGUUUUGGACAGGGUCCGGACCAAUGUGUGCAAUGCUUCCACUUCAAAGAUGGACCCAACUGUGUGGAGAAGUGCCCCGAUGGGGUGCAGGGGCCCAGCGGUUUCAUCUUCAAGUACGCCAAGGCCAACAACGAGUGUCAUCCCUGCCACGCCAACUGCACCCAGGGGUGCGUCGGGCCGAGACUCCAAGAUUGUGUCGGGAUGAUGGACAGGACACCGCUAAUAGCAGCUGGCGUCAUCGGCGGCUUAUUUAUCAUCGUCAUCCUGGCGCUCAGCGUGGCCGUCUCUGUCCGCCGCAAGAGCAUCAAGAAGAAGAGGGCCCUGCGGCGCUUCUUGGAGACGGAGCUGGUGGAGCCCCUGACCCCCAGCGGAACGGCCCCCAACCAGGCUCAGCUGCGGAUCCUGAAGGAGACGGAGCUGAAGAGGGUCAAGAUUCUAGGAUCUGGAGCUUUUGGAACAGUGUACAAGGGCAUUUGGGUGCCAGAAGGUGAGACAGUGAAGAUCCCUGUUGCCAUUAAAAUCCUCAACGAGACCACCGGCCCGAAAGCCAACGUGGAGUUCAUGGACGAGGCCCUGAUCAUGGCCAGCAUGGAGCACCCCCACCUGGUGCGUCUGCUCGGCGUGUGCCUGAGCCCCACCAUCCAGCUGGUCACGCAGCUCAUGCCCCACGGCUGCCUCCUCGACUACGUGCACGAGCACAAGGACAACAUCGGAUCGCAGCUGCUGCUCAACUGGUGUGUCCAAAUCGCUAAGGGGAUGAUGUACCUGGAGGAGAGGAGGCUGGUCCACAGAGACCUGGCAGCCCGCAAUGUGCUGGUGAAGUCGCCCAAUCACAUCAAGAUCACCGACUUCGGCCUGGCGCGGCUGCUGGACGCCGACGAGAAGGAGUACAACGCAGACGGGGGCAAGAUGCCCAUUAAAUGGAUGGCUCUGGAAUGCAUCCACUACAGGAAGUUCACCCAUCAGAGUGACGUGUGGAGUUAUGGAGUGACCAUCUGGGAGCUGAUGACAUUCGGAGGCAAACCGUACGACGGCAUCCCCACGAGAGAAAUCCCCGACAUCCUGGAGAAAGGGGAGCGUCUGCCUCAGCCGCCAAUUUGCACCAUAGAUGUCUACAUGGUCAUGGUGAAAUGCUGGAUGAUUGACGCAGACAGCAGGCCCAAGUUCAAGGAGCUGGCUGCUGAGUUCUGCAGAAUGGCCCGGGACCCCCAGCGAUACCUUGUCAUCCAGGGGGAUGACCGCAUGAAGCUCCCCAGCCCCAAUGACAGCAAGUUCUUCCAGAGCCUUCUGGAUGAGGAGGACCUGAACGACCUGAUGGAUGCCGACGAGUAUCUGGUGCCUCGAGGCUUCAACAUGCCUCCUCCGUCAUACACAACCAGGCCUCGCGUCGACUCAAACAGAAACCAGUUUGGCUAUCGAGACGGGGGUCCAAUCCCUGCAGAGGGCUCUGUGGCAGGGGCCCAAGCCGCCAUGAACCAGGAAGCAACAGGUGGACCGGGUCCGGCCCUGGAGGACCAGCGCUGUAACGGCAGCCUGCAUAAGAAGAGCCUGAGCCAGGGAGAGGACAGUGGGGGCCAGAGGUACAGCGCAGACCCCACCAUCUUCUUGGGUGAGAGGGCACCAAGAGGGGACACUGAUGAGGACGGAUACAUGACACCCAUGAAGGACAAGAGCUCUUCAGAGUAUCUGAAUCCCAUUGAAGAAAACCCGUUUGUCACGCGACGUAAGAACGGCGAGAUCCACGCCUUGGAUAACCCGGGCUACCACAGCACGCCCAACAGCCAGCCCAAAGGAGAGGACGAGUACAUCAACGAGCCACUGUACCUCAACACCUUCCACAGCCCUGCUGAUCUGGGCCUGGAAGCUCUGAGGAGAAAUGGUCUGCCCCUACCCGUCCAUCCCACUUGCUCUAUUGCUUCUUCAGGCUCCCACCUCCCGCUUACAAUCCAAACCAGCCUGCCCCACUACCCCCUCCCCACAGCCCUGCCCUCACCAUCUGGCCUGCCUUGCCACCACGGCCCAGCGACCCACAUCCUCCACACCCACCACACCAUCAAACCCGCAGGAAAUCCAGGUGGCGGUAUGGUCAGCCAAACAGGAACUUCUGCCCAGGCCCAGGUGUGCCAAUCUGGCGCCUUGUCCACUUCGGCCACCAUCGGGCACGGCAACCUGCCAGCCUACCAGAUCCACGCCACCUCGCACCCAGCUAGCUUGCUGAAGCACGGACAGACAACAGGUAAACUCAGCGGGAAGAAGCUGAAGGUGACCUUUGACAAUCCGGAAUACUGGCAGCACAGCUUGCCUCCCAAAUCGUCCAACCAGGCGAUCCCGGAGGGUGCACAGGGCGGUUCCACCAACGCCAAGCUCUUCUACAAGCAGAACGGACAUAUACGGCCGGCAGUAGCUGAAAACCCUGAAUACAUGUCGGACUUUUCCCUGAAGUCCGGCACCGUCUUGCCGCCUCCACCCUACCGGCAGCGGAACACUGUGGUCUAAAUCGUUCUAUUUGACAAACGUUCCUCAAUGUGACUCUAGCCUCCAGCAACCCAGACAUCCUCUCCGGUUCCACUGUCCCAUACAAAGGGGAGCGGCAACAACCAGAGCCCCCAAUUGUUUUCAAACAACGUGCCAUCUGCUGUAGAUUGUAGUGACAUCCGGAGGAGGUGGACCAAACCGAGCCAAGCAGACCCACGCACCUUCACUAUAUCCAAUCCAGUCCAUUUCUGUCCUGUAGAUAGAGACUGCGCUCCAUUUCAGUGAGAACGUGAAGGACAAAUGACUGUCACAAAGCAGAGGACGUACUGUGUUGUCCCAGCACAAUAUAACUACAGUGGCGUAGAAAAAAGAUGGACCUGAACUCACUGCCAGCCAUUGUGGAGUCAGCUUCAAGAAAGGAACAAGAAGUUGUAUUAUCUCCCCAGUACGAACGUCUGGGGAUGAACAAUACGCUUCUAUGGGUUUGUGAGAUAGGCAAACAGAAAGAGCAAAUACAGUCGGUUGGAUGUUAAGAUAUCUUGUUCUGUGAAUGACCUUGUAGAGUGAGGAAAAAGACUGAAAGGGUUGUGUCAGGACUUCCAGCUUCAUGAAAGCUGAUCAAUCAUAUUCAAUCAUUUUGCCCAUAGAAUUAUACCAUAAAGUUCUCGAAUUCUCCAUCAAAUAUGUGAAACUCAUCUUUCUACUGUUACUGUGAUACUGUGACGGCCCAAACUACAGUGAUCGCUCCUUUCACGUGUGUAGUUCGACCAUGGACUUGCCUGAAAAUACACAGGGCAACUGCUGUUUUGUUGUUUUUGCUGUCUACUUGGAAAAGCUGUGCGAAAACAGCCUUUUUCCGAGCCUAAGGGAAGAAAUACACUGUAAACAUUUUUAUAAACACUGGUUGCAGUGUUGAGACAAUGGAUUUUUAUACACUGGUUUUCCCAUUCAGACCAGGAUGCUAACGUAGAUGUGUAAAAAAUGUCAUGCCAUGAGAGCAUAGAUUCCUGAAUCUGCUGAAUAAGACCAACCACAAAGCAGCCAAACUGAGAACGGUGAUUAUAGACACAGAUAGUGAGAGAAGGAGCUAAGAAAAUCCUGAGGGGAGGGAAAGUUCUUACAAGCGGCCUAAUGAAGACCUCAAGGAAUGAAAGAGACAGCACCAGCAGAGCACAGAAAACUGGACUACUUUUUGUGUGUGUUUGUGUCAGUGUGAAUGGACCUAGUAUGUGUGCUCACAUGUUAGCGAGCAUAUUUGGCCUCAUAAGGUUAUCUGUAGAAAAAGAGUUGCGGUCGAAGUCGGUUAUAACAUGGUUGACAGGUUCAGUGCUGCUGCUAACAAACCCAUCACUGGUCAAACAUCGAAGGUUUCCCCCAUCUGCAGUCAAGUUUUAAAACGUUUUAAGAAUGGCAAUAUGUAAGUCUUCAGUCCUGAUUGAUUUAGAAUUCCUAUUUAAGUUCAGAGUCUUUGGAUACAUGAGCUUAAAGUGUUGGCAUAGUUCCAUAUGUUGUGCGUUUACAAUGGAAAAAAGUGAAAUGGCACGGUAAUAGAGUGGUGCAGUGACGAGUCCUAAAACCCGGAAGUGAGUUAGCAUUUUACCACUACCGGUUCCCUCGUCUCAGAGCCAAUGGGAUCUCUCCAUAGGAUUUUGGAAAAGAGCUGGAAAUAAGGAGAAAUUUAAGAGAUGGAUCACGUUUUGUUCUACGACAUUAAAUCCAUCAGCAGUGACCCCACUGGUGAUUUCUGAAGAGUUUACGUGUCUG